AUGAUUAAAUACUUGUUUGUUUUAAUAUUACUUUAUUUGACUUAAGCCAAAAGAAUCAAGCAUAGCUAUCUUAUUAAAUAAUAAUUACAAGAUUGGCAUUAUAUAUCGAAAUUUGGUGCAGAAACAGGAGAAGUUUUUUAUUCAUUAACGUAUUAAUAAUUUUUAGAUUAGAUUCCAAUUCAAAGAUGCUGAUGAAAAUGAUGAAAGAACAAUUCCAAUAUAAUAUGAAUUAUACUUAGAUGAAGAAUGGCCAAAUGCUAUAGAAAAGAGUGAAUGUGAUGUAAAGAUAGAUAAAAAUAUAAUAUUAGAGAGGUAGUGUUGCAAGAAGAAAGGAAACUAUUUGGGUUCCUGUUAAAAGUGGAUUUGAAUAUAAAGGAAGUUUAACAGCAAAAAUUAGAGCACAUUUAUGGUAUUUUGCAUUUAAUGAUUGUCAAAAUUAAUUAAGAAAUUCAUUUCCAAAUGAAAAUAAAGUUAAAUUAGAAGUGGAAUUACAUAUAAAAAAUGUUGGUGGAACAGAAUUUACAUUAGAAUAAUUUGGAAUUUUAUAAAUAAUAGGUGUUAUCGCCUUGAUUGACAUAAUAAUGUUAAUUUAUAAUGGUAAUCAAAUCUUAGAGAAGCAAAGAAAGUAUGAAGAGUUUAGUUUACCAUUAUUUUUAUUAGUAAUAACCUUAUUAUUAGAAACAUUUUCAUACAGUUUAUUAACAUUACAUUUAUGGAUAUAUAGUGAGAAUGGAGCUGGAUAGUUGUUCUUACAAGUGUUUUCUGUAAUAUUUUAGGUAGCAUCAUAAUUUUCAUUAACAAUGAUUUUAGUGAUGUUAUCUUGGGGUUGGCAAAUAAAUUUUAGUAAAUUUGACAAUUUUGAAUUGUUUUUACCCAUUUCAUUAUUAAUAGGGUUCUUUUAAAUAACAAUAGUUGGAGUAAGCUUUAUUGAGUAUGAUUCAUAUAAUAAAGAUCAUUCAUAUGAAGGAUGGGUAGGUUGGUUAGCUUCUUUAAUUUAUAUUGGUGAAUUAAUCUAUUUUAUGAAUGGACUGGUAGAUACAUAUAACAAAUAAAACACAAAAAUUUAAUAAUUUAUAUUAUUAUUAGGUUUGUAUGGUGGAAUUUAUUUCAUUAGCUUUCCAGUGUUAUAGACUGUAAAUUUAGUAAAUAAAUACAUUAUUAUUUAGUUUACAGCGAGGUAUAUUAGAUAUAAAAUAAUGGAAAUCGGAACCAUGUUAUUUAGAACUUCAGCUAUUUUAUUACUGACUAGACUUUUUACUUCAAAAAAAUCAAUAUUUGCUUAGAUUUCAAUUGAAAAUAAGAGCUUUUUAGAUAGAAAUAAGGAUGAAUGA